AUGGCCCCGCCCGAGGUUGCGACGACGAUUCGGUACCGCCCACUGGAUCGGUCCGGAAACGAGGUGCGCCUGCUCGAGCUGCAGCCGCCGACGACCAACGACAUCAGCGAGCGCGUCGUGUGCCGCCUGGUGCACGAGAAGCUAAGUGAUGCGUCAAACUUCAUCGGCCUCUCGGCCCUAUACGGCGACAUCAACGCCACCGAGACGAUCUUGCUCAACGGCGCCAGCAUCACCAUCCCGAGCCACCUCGCCCAGGCGCUGCAGUACAUGCGAGUCGUCUUCCUGGCGGCGUCGCUGCCGACUCCAGAUGCCUCGACCACUGAUCUCCCGGGCCCGGGCUCGAUGCCACCGCCGCCGCUGCCCACGCCGCCCAAGAAGGCCCCUGGCUGGCUGCGGUCUCUCCUGAAGGGCGUUCGACAGAUGCUCGCCGAACCGGGCGUGCCCAAGGGCUCACCGCCUCUGCGCAUAUGGCUCGAUCUCCUGUGCAUCAACCCGCGCGACGCGCGUGAGGAGGCCGAGCGGCGGGCACACAUGGCGAAGGCGUACCACCACGCCAAGAUGGUCGUCGGCUGGCUGGGCGAGAAGGACCCGACGUCUGAUCUCGCCAUUGAGAUCAUCAAGGCCUGGGACAAGGUGAUGCCGCGCACCUUUGGCGAGCCGGGCGACCGCGAGGCCCAUCCUGAGAAUUAUGCCCCUUUUAUGAAGUGGAUGGCCCCCGUGGCGCACCUAAGCGACAUCCCCGAGGGCAUCAAAGACCCUCGCGACGUGCCGGCCUACGUGGCAAUCUCUGGAUUUUUAAACCGACCCUACUUUCGCAACUCUUGGAUCCUCGACGACAUGUCCAAGGCGCGCUUCCCGGCCUUUCUGCUGGGCGACGACAUUGUGUCCUGGAUGCAGAUCUUGCGGCUCAACCGCGCCAACGAGGAGAUUCGCGAUAAUGGCGCCGAAAUGUUCCCCGACGAACUUCGCCCGCUGCUGGAAUAUCUGCCGCUGGGCAGCGUGUACGCCUUCUUGAAGGACUUUGAUAACCGGCAGAGGAUGGAGGGCGGUACGCCGGCGAUGCUUACCGCCACGAGCUCUAUUAGAAGUUCGUCUUCCAUGACGGGCAUACGGACAAGGUCAAGGCAAUAA